AAUUCCAUCGUGCAUUGGAAGAUACUGUGGUUUCCACCUGAUGAUGAAUUACCUGAUACGUGGCAACUAGACAAGUGUGGUGCUUGUCCAUGGGGAUAUAAAGCAAACGAAACAAAGUAUUGUAUUCAGUGUGACAAACCUCCUGAUAUCUAUGACUGGCUUUAUCUUGGAUUUAUGGCUGUAAUUACCUUGUAUGCUUCAUUGGAUUUAUAUAUUAAGAAACCAGAAAUCUUUGAAACUAAUGGUAAGCACAGAUACUUUUAUCAAUUUUCGAAUGUGUUUGUGCUUGCCUUAUUAUCACUUAUUUCUAGUGAGCCGAAAGGUGAUUUACAACUUGGUAUCUUGUGGUGUAAAUCAGUUAUCAGAACUGGUAUACAAUGUUUUAUUAACCCACAGAUUGAAUAUACUCAGACCAUUCAUUGCUCUCAAGAAGCAGUGUAUCCAUUAAUGACAAUAGUUUGUAUCUAUUAUGCAUAUACACUCAUAUUGAUGCUACUAUUCCGACCUUUUAUACUAUCUUUUAUAGCUGCUGCGAAGGAAUGGAGUGGCCCCCUUUAUGCAGCAUUGUAUUUUCAUCCCAUCUUAGUUGUAAUUCAUGCUUUUAGGGGGCUAAUUUAUUAUUCAUUUCCCUACAUAACACUGCUUGUAUCCCUGGUCGCUAUAGCAACGUACUUUGUGUGGACCAAUGUCACAACUCUUAGUUCAUCAUUACGACAUAAAGUCAAAAUAUUUGAUCAUUUUAGCAUAUGUCGCUUUAACAUUGGUAUUAUUGCCAUUUCUAAUGAAAAUUAUUGUUUUGUGGUACUGGCACCAUUCCCACUUAUAUUUUAUUUUUUGACAUUACAGUUUACAGAUCCCGAAAAUAUUGAUAAAGAAAGGCAUCAUACAUAAAGAUUCAUACCAUUCUAACCUAUGGGCUAUUUUUACUAUUUGUCUAAAAUACCUUAUUGCUUCAAUCUAUUCAUAACUUGUUUCAGUUGGAGGCCAUUCAUUGGAUUAAUGUUAUGUAUUCUAGAAUUUUUCUUGAUUUGUCAUUUCGCAAUCCAGAGGUAUAGUUUUUACCUAAAUUUGAAUAAUUCUCGCAACUAAGCUUACCUUACCUUAAUUGCAAUGUUCAGGAAAUGUUUUCUAUGUUUCAUUGACACAAACUCCAUAAUGAACAAAUAUUGUUCAUUAUGGAGCAAGUGACACAAAUGUACCUAUUGAUACCAAGCAAAUAUAUUAGGGUAGAUCAACAAGACUAACAUUAUCCGAAGUCGAAAACAGAAUAUGACGACAUACUGAUGAGAUUGAAAACAAUGUCAGACUAUUUGUGCAGUGAAUCCCUUAUCAGAAAUAGAAUAAUAUGACCUUAGUAAUCGUAUAAAUACAUAAGAUAUGCCC